AUGAAGAACAGGGAUAAUUCAUAUAAAAAAUACAAACAUCAAGCUGAGGCCAAGUUGGAAGAGUUUAAAAAGGAAGCCUAUGAAAUUAUUGAGUAUAAGGAUAAAAUUAUAAAAAUGUUGUGUGCAAUUCUGGAAGUACAGGGGAUAACAACCCUAAAUAUAAAGAAGUUCAUAUCUGGGCCCAUCGACCAAAAGGAGGAAGCUCCCGUUGAAAACAGUGAAUAUGAGAUAAAAUCUCAUAAAAGAAGAAUAUCCUCAAAAAAGAGAAGAUUAAUAAAAAUUCCGUAUCUUAGGACCCCUAAAAAAAAAAAAGAGCUAAAUUUAUUUUCAGCACCCAAUAAGAUAAAUGAAGAACUAAGUAAUGAAAAAAAUUCCUCAGAUUCUUCUUUAAGUUCUGAUAGAGUAUCCCUAAAAGAUAAACAUUUGGAGAACCACACGAUGGAAAAUAUGAUAGAGAGAGAAUUCUCAGGAAAGAAAACAGAUAUAGGAGAAGAAAAUUUCUCUAGUGACAGUGAUAAGGAAUCUAGUAACAAAGACAGCACACAGACACUGGAUGACUAUAGAAAUAAUGAUACAAAUGUUGAAUCCACAUGUCAAUCCAAUUUUAACAAGGAUACCCAAGUGACAAAAUCCAAAAUAACACCAGAAAUGAGCGACACAAUUACAGGAGAAUGUCCCUUGUGUCUAAUGCCAAAAACGGAAUCAUUGCACGGGAAUAUGCCACCAACCUUUUACAAGUUGACUUGUGAUCACGUUUUCCAUUUGAUGUGCAUCUAUGAAACUGUAGUACGAAGAGAAUGUAGAAAGACAUGCUGCAUUUGUCACAGUGAAAUCAGUGAAGACGACAAAAAUGAAAUUAUCAGUAUGGCAAGGAGGGAGAAAAAAGAAAAUGAAAAAAAAAAUAAACUUAUGUUAAAGGUUAUGAAGUUGCAAGCAGAUAGUAGGGCACCAAAUGAAAAGUGA